AUGACCCGAAGAUUUAAGUCCAACUUCGCGACACAACAAAUUAAGUUAGAAGUUGUGAGCUCAAGUCGAUUGGGUCCUUAUGGAUUUCUGGCGGUAAACAAUGGGAAUUGUAAAGACAGUUGCACACCGGCGCAGCUGGCGCGCGGCGUCAGCGUGAAUGCUAUCGUGGCCGGCGACGCGCGUUCCGCCCGUGGCGUAUCGAUCCGCGCCGGGCGUGCUGCGCUACGAUUACAAUAUAAUGGAGAAGGUUGUCGUGAAACGGCGUUUAUCUACGCGAUAACGAGCGCGGGGGUGACGCACGCGGUGGCGCGCGCGUGCGCAGAGGGCUCGAUCGAGUCGUGCACCUGCGACUACUCGCACAUCGACCGUGUGCCGCACCGCACCCGCGCCGCCGCUGCCGCCAACGUACGCGUCUGGAAGUGGGGCGGCUGCAGCGACAACAUCGGCUUCGGCUUCAGGUUCAGCAGGGAGUUCGUCGACACCGGCGAGCGCGGCAAGUCACAGGAGAAGAUGAACUUGCACAACAACGAGGCUGGCAGAGCGCACGUGCAAACGGAGAUGAGGCAAGAGUGCAAGUGCCAUGGCAUGUCUGGCUCGUGCACGGUGAAGACCUGUUGGAUGAGGCUUCCGAGCUUCCGCUCUGUGGGCGACGCGUUGAAGGAUCGCUUCGACGGCGCGUCACGCGUCAUGGUGUCCAACACCGACUUAGAGGCGCCCACGCAAAGGAACGACGCCGCGCCACACAGGGCGCCGCGGAGAGAACGGUACAAGUUAAAGCUUCAGCCGCACAACCCGGACCACAAGUCUCCCGGGUCCAAAGACCUCGUAUACCUGGAGCCGUCGCCGGGCUUCUGUGAGAAGAACCGCGGCGGCAUUCCCGGCACGCACGGGCGCGCGUGUAACGACACCAGCAUCGGCGUGGACGGGUGCGACCUGAUGUGCUGCGGCCGCGGCUACCGGACAGAGACCAUGUUCGUGGUGGAGCGAUGCAACUGUACAUUCCAUUGGUGUUGCGAAGUUAAAUGUAAAUAUUGCCGCACGGAAAAAGUGGUGCACACGUGUUUAUAGGCCACCGGACGCCAAUGUUGUGAUCGAUGAGAGACAUUCUAGUGCUGGACGGUUGUGACUGUGACUCAGACUCGAGAGUGGACCUGUUUUGUACUCCCAGAUAACGGACCGUGUAUAUAAUCACUUCACUUUUUCAUCUAUCGGAGUCGUUGAAAUCGUAUAUCAUGUUGACGUAUGUAAAUAGUUCUGUAUCACUGUUUAUU